GAAAGACAAGCCCAAGCCUGUCCCCGUCGUGCGUCGGCAAUCGAAUAUGAAUCAGACUAAGAAGAACAACCGGCCACAGACACAGUCGAAGCCCUCGUCCUCAGAUGAGUGCCCUUCCGAUGCCGGGGAUGGCCAGACAUCCUCGACCCAUG